AACAAAUGCAACAGCUCCAUCUUGUGGUACCUAAGAAACAUUACAACCAGAGCACCGACCCACUCCCAACACUAGAUGUCGCUGUGGAAUACGGCUUUUGCGGGGCGCGGACGGAAGAAAGGCAGCCACACCGUGAGGGGGACGGCGGCGGGGCGACGGCUACGCGGCUCUCGUCGACGACCAUGGCCGCGGCGACCGUUGUGGAGCCUGACCCGGCGACCAGCGAGGCGGGCGCCGCUUUCUCUGGCGUCCAGAGCCAGGACUGGGACGAGUCUCAGCUCCGAAAAUACUCUUUCCCCACCAGACCCAUCCCCAGGCUGUCUCACACGGACCCCAGGGCUGAAAUGCUCAUUAACAACGAGGAACCAGUGGUUCUAACAGACACAAACCUGGUAUAUCCAGCUCUCAAAUGGGACAUCCCCUACCUCCUGGAAAACAUUGGAAAUGGAGACUUCUCCGUUUACACUUCGGAAAACCACAAAUUCCUCUACUUCGAUGAGAAGAAAAUGUUUAACUUUGAGAACUUUGUCCCCAAGUCUCGACGAAUGGAAAUGAAAUUCUCAGAAUUCGUGGACAAAAUGCAUAAAACAGAGGAAAUGGGAGGCGAGGAGAGAGUUUAUCUGCAGCAGACCCUGAAUGACACAGUGGGAAAGAAGAUAGUCGUUGACUUUCUUGGAUUCAACUGGAAUUGGAUCAACAAGCAGCAAGUGAAGAGAAACUGGGGGCAGCUAACCUCCAACCUGCUGCUUGUGGGCAUGGAGGGCAAUGUGACACCCGCACAUUAUGACGAGCAGCAGAACUUCUUUGCACAGAUAAAAGGUCAUAAGAGAUGCAUCCUCUUCCCUCCAGACCAUUUUGAGUGUCUUUAUCCAUACCCUGUCCAUCACCCCUGUGACAGACAGAGCCAAGUGGACUUUGACAACCCUGACUAUAUGAGGUUUCCGAAUUUUAAAAAUGUUGUUGGCUAUGAAGCUGUUGUUGGGCCCGGAGAUGUUCUGUACAUCCCAAUGUAUUGGUGGCAUCACAUCGAAUCACUUUUGAAUGGUGGCGUGACAAUCACUGUAAACUUUUGGUACAAGGGAGCUCCCACACCUAAGAGGAUAGAGUACCCACUGCGAGCUCACCAGAAGGUGGCCAUUAUGAGGAAUAUAGAGAAGAUGCUGGGAGAGGCACUUGGAGAACCACAUGAGGUGGGACCUUUACUGAAAACAAUGAUCAAAGGGAGAUAUGACCAUGAUCUGAGU